AGACUAUGAGAAGACACAGAAAUGAAGUUACAAUUGAACUUCGAAAGAACAAACGUGAUGAACAUCUGUUAAAGAAGAGAAAUGUCCCUCAAGAAGAGAGUCUAGAAGACUCUGACAUUGAUGCAGAUUUCAAAUCGCAAAAUGUAACACUAGAAGCAAUACUACAGAAUGCCACCAGUGAUAAUCCCUCUACCCAGCUAAGUGCUGUACAGGCAGCAAGGAAACUGCUAUCAAGCGAUAGAAACCCACCUAUAGAUGACCUCAUAAAAUCUGGAAUUCUGCCAAUCUUGGUGAAAUGUUUAGAAUCAGAUGAUAACCCUUCUUUACAGUUUGAGGCAGCAUGGGCAUUAACAAACAUUGCAUCAGGCACAUCUGCACAAACUCAAGCUGUUGUCCAGGCCA